AUCCAAUAUAUACAUAUAUAUAGCUAUCGCCUGCUCCUCCUCCUCAGAGAGAGAGAGAGAGAGAGAGGGGGGGGGAUUGGGAACUUUCAAAUGGCCGAACACUCCGAUGAUUUGGACCAACUGCUUGACAGUGCUUUGGAUGAUUUCCAGAACAUCAACCUUAGUUCUUCCGCUCAGAGGAGUGGAGAUACUGAAGCUAAGGUUCAGGGGGGUUCUUCCAUGCCUAAUGAGGUUCAAGGACUAGGGAUGGGUUUGCCAGACUUGAAAAGUAAGAAAAAGGGUAAGGAAAAGGUUUCAAAGGACUCACACGUGUUGGAGGCACUUGAUAAGCUGAAAGAGCAAACAAGGGAGGCUGUCAAGGGAUUGGAGUCCAUGACAGGUUCACAACCUGGUGAAAAUGAUUUUGAGAAUGACAUAAUGAUAGAAGAUUGGGCAAAGCAAUUUGAGGAACUUGCUGGUUCUCAGGACAUGGAGUCCAUUGUGGAGACUAUGAUGCAACAACUCUUAUCAAAAGAAAUUCUUCAUGAGCCUAUGAAAGAAAUAGGUGCCAGAUAUCCAGAAUGGUUGGAAGAGCAUAAAUCUAAAUUAAGCAAGGAUGAAUACGAACGUUACUCCCACCAGUAUGAACUUAUAAAAGAACUAACUAAAGUCUACGAAGCUGAGCCUGGCAACUUCAACAAGAUUGUUGAGCUCAUGCAGAAAAUGCAGGAAUGUGGCCAACCACCUAAUGACAUUGUGAAAGAGCUCGCUCCUGACCUGGAUCUAUCAAUUCUAGGCCAAUUAUCCCCGGAGAUGCUGGAGUCUCAACAGAACUGUUGCAUAAUGUGAGGCAUUGUUUCCAGUUUCGUCGAUCCGACUUCGUGUUAUGUCACGGUAUAUCUUUUGCUAUAUUUGUGAGAAAUAAUUAUCUUUCACUUAUAGAUUAAUUUGUAACACUAAUAAGCUAAAAUUCAAGUUCAAUUUAGAUGUUCAAAUCUUGGGUUU